UCCGAUGGUUGCUUGCUGGUCGGGGAAUUGCCCAGGUGGGGCUCACCACACGCAACGGCGGUAUAGAAAUAGCUCUUGCAAUGCCCGCGUGCCAUUAGCGGUCAACUGAUUGCUGGCCGCUGCUAUUGACUGCUAGCUUACGAAUCACAGCUUCCUGCAGCUUGGUAUCAACGCACACCUCCGUGGCGCAGUGUUGCUUCAUGGGGUCGAUACCUCGGCGUCGCGAGUUCCUCUGCGGGUUUGACUUCGUGGUAGAUGGACGUUGCUGAUGAGUUCUACGCGCUUGAUCUCUUGAGUUCUGUCGAAGGUUUUACUCGUUGUUGACUUGGAGGUGAGGUUAAGUCAUUGAUCGGAGCGGGGGUGUAGUGUAAUUGAAGGUGGCGUUUGGAUCAAGUUUGUCAAGAAUGUUGCAGCUGUCCGAGUUUCUGUGACGUCAACGACAACUUUAUUGGGAUAUGAAAUAGAAGCCAGUCAUGAAGGAGGGAUUAGUUAUUGAGGGACCCGGGAAGGAUCCGUUUCUGCCAACACGAUUUGAGAACCAUUUCUCGUCAUUCUCCUCGGUUCCACCGCUCUCGCCGCCGUUGUCACCCAAUUUCGGCAUCAAACAUUCGUCUCGGUGUUUCAAAUCGCCAAAAAAUCCUGGAACUCCGCGAACACCGUACUUAGGGAUAAGGCCCGAAGUGAUGGCAAUAGAUCAGCCAUCCGGCAAUCGAGGCAAACGACUUACAAUCCUUAGCUUAGAUGGUGGCGGAGUGCGAGGAAUCAUUCCUGCAACAAUUCUUGAAGAACUUGAAGGCUAUCUGCAGGUUCAAUCUCAUACCAGAAGCUUGCGUAUUCAGGGGGUUUUCCCAGCACACAGGGUCUUUGAAAAUUCUCCAGUGUUAGUUCAGGGGUUGGACGGUUCAGAGGUGCGCAUCGUGGACUAUUUUGAUUUAAUAGCUGGAACUAGCACAGGAGGGUUGAUCACAGCGAUGCUCGCUGCUCCCAGUCGUGACAACCCGAAACGGCCAAUGUUCGACGCGUCUCAGAUCACUCAAUUUUACAGGGAAAAUGCUAACAAGAUUUUUCAGAAAUCAAGGGGUCCUUUUGGAACUUUCCGUAAAAACUUGAAAUCUCUAGCCGGGCCGAAAUAUAAAGCGGAAGGGCUGGAGGAUCUUUUAUUACAAUAUUUGGACGAUGACAUUUUCCUGAGUGACAUGCUCACACCCGUUAUCAUCCCCGCAUUUGACAUCAAGCUUCAACAACCAGUUUUCUUCUCGUCAUCGAAGGCGAAAACCGAUGUGCUCGAAAAUGCACCAUUGCUGCAAGUUUGCCGUUCCACGACAGCCGCACCGACGUAUUUUCCUCCUGCCAGAUUUACUCUCAUUGAUAAAACUCAGGAGCCGAAUCGUAUUAGGGAGUUCAACAUGAUUGAUGGCGGCAUCGCUGUGAAUAACCCGACAUAUGUGGCGAUCACUCAGGCCAUUAAAGAAUUGAGGAGUGGAGGACUGUGUUCCGAUCGGGUUGACUACUACGGCUACGACGACCUAUUGAUUUUGUCGUUGGGUACGGGAAGUCAAGUUCACAGUUACGACGCAGAGGAAGUUGCGAAAUGGGGUGUAGUAGAUUGGAUGGUGCAUGAUGGAGAAACUCCACUGGUUGAUAUGGUGUUCAAUGCUAGUUCAGAUAUGGUCGACUACAACCUCAGUAUUAUUUUCGAAUCCCAAGAUUCAUCCAAGAACUACUUACGAAUAACGACAGAUUCUCUAGAAAGAUCUGCGGUGAAACUCGACGACGCGUCAAAGUCCAAUAUGGACAAGCUGGUAAAAACUGCGCAGAAACUGUUGGAGAAUCCGGUUGCACAGCGAGACUUCAACACGGGAGAGCUUGUGCCCAUCGAGACUGGUGAAACAAAUCGGCAAGCACUACGAAGAUUCGCAGAAUUCCUGUCACAAGAACGGAAGGCACGAUUUCCUGCAAAACCAAAUGCUAAAUCUCACUCCAAGCAGCAACAGAAAGCUACUUCACAGCCUGCAAGGGACCACUCACCGACGGAGUUUGCACCUAGACUCGUGCCAACGCUGGACUCACCCCCGAAGUCGAAUCUAAAUCUUAAAACCGCCAUGGAGUUCGUGAUGGAGAGCCACUUCGAGAGGCGAGACCGGGCCCUUGCCACUUUCCCUUCCCACCCAUCUCAAGCACUCUUCGACAACCCCUUCGAGACUUCACGCAGCAGCCAUGGCUCCACUACCGCUGCACCCGAAACCUCUUACAUGGAGCCCCCGUAUUAUUCUUACGCCCACCCACAGCUGCAAUCUGACUACUCUCAAAGACUGCAAAACUCACCGCCAUUCCUCAUGUCCUCAGAAUCGUGGUCUUCAUCUCGAUACCCAGACCGCGACGAAUCUGACCGCGGCUCUCUAAUCUACUACGAUCAUAGCUCCAGGGUGCAUUCUUACAGUUCCCGAUCUAGCGGCCCCUCACCGUUUCUGGAUUAUUUCAACAUAUUCACGUAGGUCGGCGAUGUUUGAGUCCCGCCUCGUCUGUAUCAUGUGAUUCUUUAAUUUUUUUUGUAUGAUUUUUUUUUCAGAGUAGCGCGCCGUCAACCAGAACAGCGUGAAAUUGUGUAGCUAGGGCGGAAUUGCAACCCUUAAACUGUAUAUAAUUCUUUUUGAAUUGAUGAUUUAAAAAAAUUUGUGGCACUCAUCAGCCUU